AUGGACAAGUUCCGCGCCUUCACCAACACCGUGUCCUCCUCGGUCACGCCCUUCGCGACGCGCAGCCAGCAAUGGUUCAAAGAGCAGACGGGCAACGCGGGGGAGAAGACGGAAUUGCCGCAUGAUUAUGUGGAAUUGGAGACGCGGAUCGAUGCGCUGAAAGCGACGCAUCAGAAGUUGCUCGCUGCUACCAGCCAGUAUGCUAAUGAGGCGUACGAUUAUCCGCCGAAUGUGCGGGAGAGCUUCCAGGAUUUGGGCAAGAGUAUUAGUGAGAAGGUGAGUACUUUUUCUCUUUCCGCUUUCAGUAGCCACGGUCUUCGUGUCGAGCGGUUGUCUCCUUGAAGACAGCAAUAGCAGCAGCAGUAGUCAGGGAAGAUCAGGCCAUGAAGAAUCGAAAGCAGCAGGGCAGCAGCUACAGGAAUGAUUCAUCAGUCGAAGCGCUUUCUUGGUAGGCAAAAAGGAACACAGUGCUGAUAAGAAUGUCCGCAGGUGAACCUGCUCUCCAAGGCCGGUAACGCCUCCGAGGCACAGGCAGCCUUCACUGCUCCUCCAUCCGCCAAACCACAGCCCAAGACCUUCUCCCACGCGAUCGCCCGUGCCUGCCUUGCGGGCUCGCAGACGAUCGCCACGGCAACACCACAAGGCUCUACCGAGCCCGAUCCGCUCGCCCAAGGUCUCGAGAAGCUAGCCAUCUCCGAAGAGAAGGUCGGCGAGGCUCGUCUCGACCAAGACGAAAAGAUCCAAGGCAAGUUCCUCGCGGGCUGGUCUACCACUCUCAACCAGUCCGUCAAGGCUGCCGAUAAGGCCCGUACCGCAGUACAGAACGCUCGUCUCCAACUCGACGCCGCCAAGUCGCGUGCCGCAGCCGGAGGAAAGCACGAGGAGAGCUACACCGAGGCACAGAGGAAGGCUAUCGAGCAGGCGGAAGAUGUCUUUGUCGAGAAGGUCGACGAAGCAACAAGCAUCAUGAGGAACGUCUUGGACACCCCAGAGCCGCUCAGGAACUUGGUGGAGUUGGCCAAGGCUCAGGCGGAGUACCACGCCCGGGCCGCCGAGAUCAUGGAGGAUGUCGGCAAGAACUUGGAGGAGAUUCAGCAGGAGCAGGAGAGUGAGUACAGGAAGGCUAGGGAUGCGCAGUAA